GGAGAUCUCGCAGCAUCUGCACUACCGUGUGCAGACGGCGAAGAGGUCUAGAGCAUCUUCGGGACUUUCUAAAAAAUCAGCCUCCUGCCCUCCUGCCCUGCUCCGAUCAUGCCCGCAUAGCAUUCUUCUCGGCUACUGGAUAACGACGAGUGACUCCUGGUGCUCAGUAAGCUCACUACCCUCAUAUGUUGCGUCCGAGGUUACAGUCUCGGUUUGGUCAGAUGCCGGCUCUCCUGGACUGCUAUGCCCUCCAUACCUCUUGUGGACUCCCAUGACGGUCCGUUCCAAACCGUGGGAAUCGUCGUGCGCAAAGCUAUAGAUCUGGCCACAGGAACAGCAACCCAGCAUUUUACACAGCCCGAAUCGCAGCAGGCGUCUGGAACACAGCAACAUGGAUUACUGGAGGCUCGAGCGUCCUCGCUCGGUGCCAACCCGAAUUUUAGUGCUUCGACGAUCCUACUGCAACGCCAACGCUAUCAACUGCAAGUCAUAGCAGCCACUUUCUCCAGCGUGAGCGUAUUGGCGGCGAUAUGCGCCCUCUACUGGUUCAUGAUGAUGCGUCGAAACUUUCGCCGCGAUCUCGUACUGCUACUGGUAGCCGGCGAUUUCUGGAAGUCAAGCUGGUUUUUGAUUUCCGCCAGUACUACAUUGGCGGGCGUGGAUGUUUCGACACCAACGCAGAUCUGUCAGGCGAGUGGCUACUUCCUGCAGAUGGGGAUAGAGUCGUGUGAUCUGGCCAUAUUCUUGAUGAGCCUCCACAUGUCGCUCCAGAUCUUUCCACCAACUCGCUCGUUUCUCGGUCACGAUGGCUUGUAUCGUGUCCGCUACUACGUGCUUGCUGCAUGGCUGAUAAUUCCGGGAGCUUUCGUCAGCCUGGCAUUCGUGAACGCUGGCCAUGCUUUCAUCGCUCAAGGUGGAUUUUGUACUCUGCCCAUCCGACCGUUCUGGUAUCGUCUCGCUCUGUCCUGGAUCCCUCGGUACCUGAACUGGAUCUUCAUCAUGGGCGUCGCCGUUCGCAUCUAUAGCCACGUUGGUUACGAGUUCAAAGUGUUCGCCGAUGAGAGCGAUCACAGCUCUAGUGCUGGAGCGAUUCCGGGUGGUAGUGAUGGUACACAACAGACUAGGCUGCCAGGAGAAGGAGACACAACUCGGCACUCCUAUAUGGAACAGUCGGACGCAGCUGGCGUUGAAAAGGCCGCAGACCAGAAUGACAGCAUUGCACCGGAUCAGCGUGGAAACAUAGUAUCAGCGAUCAAGAAGCCAUUACGGCCGGGGAUGGCUAUGCUAACAUCUAGGGAAAGUCGAAGACAGUCGGUCCCAACAUUCACAUCAGUGUUUGGUAGUGGCCCUACAUGGGAUGACGGAACUACAGCUGGUCAAGAUCCGACACUACGACCCAUCAGCCAGAGCACUCCUACCUCCCGCAGAGGCAGUAAGCAGGACAACAACGGCGGACACAUCUCCACUGAGGACUUUGCACCUCCCCCUCUAUGGACGCCGCAACCACGAAAUCACGGCUCCUUCUCCACCAUCAACUCUAACAAAUCCUCAAACUCCUACGACCCUGGCCAUCCAGCUCCUCUCCCUCCCAUCAAGGAAAUCAAAACAUCCACCUCGAACUCUGUGUCAGGCGCUGCCCUUUCACGCGACAAUGCCGCCACUCGCGCACUUCAACUUCGACGCAAAGCCAUCCAGCGCCAACUCCGCCUCCUCUUCAUCUAUCCGGUCAUGUAUCUCAUCCUCUGGAUCAUGCCAUUCAUCUCUCACGCCUUCUCAUACUCCAACCACUUUGCUCAACAUCCGGUCUACCCCAUCACCGUAUUGAGCAUAUUCUGCCAUUCCAUCAUGGGCUUUGUGGACGUCUGCAUCUUCUGCUGGCGCGAGAAGCCAUGGCGGCACAUACCUGGUAGCGAUGGAACUUUUCUCGGAAGCUUUGCCUUCUGGCGAUUCGGACAGGACUCAAGAUACAAUGCGGCAUUCCAUCAACAGAAGUCCGACGUCCCGAGUACCUCGCCUGAUGUGCCACUGACCGAGAAGGACGAAGACAGCCGACAGCUCACCUCAUCAGAAGGACUUGUGGGCUACCUCAAGCGUUGGAGCAAGUCCUUUUCUUCCCACUCCGGAACGACUACCACCACCUCCGGCUCCCGCGCUACUACCUCUCCAGACCUCCUCGGUACUAAUGCCACCCCUUCGCCACGCAAGUCCCACUUUCCGCCGACCCCGCCCGUUGUCGUCCCGCUUCAGAAGCGCCCUCACCGCCGCACCCACUCCGGCCGCUCUGAUCGCCGCAUACUGGAAGCCGAGCAUGCGCAAGAACGACUGGCGAUCGAGCGUGCCGAGGCUUGGAGGAGGAGCGCGUUGAUGGAACCCGACGGGCGACAAGACGGGCGGAAAGGCAGCGCGACGAGCGAUGGUCAGCAGAGUCUGGGUGGUGGACUUGUGCAGCCGCCGCCCGCAAAGAAGGAGUGGUGGGAUCGGCAUUUGAGUUUGGGCGGGCAGAGUGUGUUUGGAGGUGAUGAAGAGGAGAGUCAUAAGAGCUGAUAGCGCGCUGGAAUCAGCAUGGCAUAGCUAGACAGCAAUGACUGCUAGACGUAGACGACGUUUCGACACUCGAAACGAUAGACUAAUAAUUACUAAUGCGAGCUA